CUUCACAUUUUGCAUGUUUUUCUUUAGCAAUAGAGAACUUUUAUCAGCUUUACAUUAACAAAACUGGACUUACGCGUGGCACCUGGGAUUAUUUUAGGAGAUAAUUUAUCAUGUUCACGGUUAUUGUGUUUUUUUUUCUUUCUUUUUUUUUUAAACAGUGGCUGAUUUGGCCUUGAGCUAAUUCUCCAGAUAGUUCAUGAGUGCACUCUAGCUUCAGCAGACAGUGACAUGCAGGGAACAGAGGGGGCAUUAGGAGGUCCUGAUGUCAGAAGGAGGAUUCCCAUCAAGCUUCUUCCUAAACAGGCUAGAAAAAGCUUUGCCUACAAGCAGGAGGAGAGGUUUGACUGUGGGGUAAAGGCCGGAGAUGCUUAUGCUAGCCAGCGGCGAUACCCCCAGCCUUUGUUUUGGGAUUAUAAGCUUAAUCUGAUUGGUGAAAAAGAUGAAACUCCCAUCCAUUUUUGUGACAAGUGUGGGCUCCCCAUUAAGACUUACGGACGCAUGAUUCCAUGUAAACAUGUUUUCUGCUAUGAAUGUGCCGUACUUCAUGAAAGGAAAGGUGAUAAAAUGUGCCCAGGUUUGACGCUGUACAGCUGUACAGACCCAGUCCAGCGGAUUGAGCAGUGCCAGCGCGGCUCUCUCUUCAUGUGCAGCAUCGUUCAGGGCUGUAAACGCACCUACCUCUCGCAGAGAGACCUGCAGGCCCACAUCAACCACCGCCACAUGAGGGCGAGCAAGACUUCAGCAGGCCGCUCUGAUCCUCACCACCUUCCCGGCUCUGAAGUUUCAGAGCGUUUCCGCGUGCCCCCUACUCACAUGCCCAAAUCCCAUGUGCUCAUCCCUCCGCCUCUGCCACAUGCCACUCACGACCCCUACACUCAGCCGCCUCCUGCCUCUCACGAGGACCUCCGGCCCCCUCCUGGCCAGGCUCCUGCACCCGACAUGGGGCCUCCUCGCUCUCUCGCUCAAGAGACCUUCCGCAUUACUACGGUGACCACGCGGAAGCACAGCAACCUCAUCACCGUCCCCAUUCAGGACGAUUCGGCGAGCUCCACCUCCCGUGAGCCUCUGAACGCCCCGCCACAUCACCACCCAGGAGAGUAUCCAGGGCAGCCUGUGGUUUCCCACCCACACCACAUGAUGGCUCCGCCUCAGCAGCGCUACGGGCCUCCACCUCCUCCACCCCCAAUCACUCAUCCAAUGCAGCAUCCAGCACAGGUCUUCAGCCAAGCCCCUCCUCCACCUUUAUCCUCAGUUCCUCCUCCUAUCACCCCUCCUCCCGGACACCUCAUGAGUCAGCUGCCACCGUACAUGAACCAUCCUCCACCUGGCCCUCCUCCUCAACACGCGGGUCCAGUAAAUGCCCCGCCACCCCACCAUUACAAUCCUCAGUUCUCUGAGGAUAAAGGUACCCUCAGCCCACCAUUCAACCAGCCAGGAGGACUGAGUCCUGGGAUGUGGCCCGCUCCCAGAGGACCGCCCCCUCCCAGAAUGCAAGGUCCUCCUCCGCAGGGACAGAUGCCUGGACCUCAUCACCCAGACCAGGGCCGAUACAGACCCUAUUACCAGUAGAAUGAUUUUGUUGGUAGCUUUGAACGUCGAUCUCAUAAGUGACUCUGUGGUAGGGGUUUGGAAUUCUGUAUAGUUGAGUUAGUGUAUAAAAUAGGACUGCAUACGUUUGAAGACUUCGCAAUUAAUUUCUCAUAUUAGAACAUAUACCUUUAAUUAUGGCCAAUAUUUUGGAUUUAAAACAUGUAUUUGGCAAUAUUUUAAAAACUUUGUCGAAUGUGUUGCUUCAGGAAUGUAUUACGAAUUAAAUACUCAAUGAGGAUUGAUUUUAUCAUCAGUGGUUUUUCAUCUUCUUUUUCUUUUCUUUUGUUUUUUUGGCUUUUUGAGGUUUAGCUGAGCCGUUGAUAUUUACUAGCAGAUGCUCUUGCCCUUGAUUACUGAGAAGGGUGAGAGUGCAUCCAGUGUAUGUAACCUAACCCAAGGAAAAUAAGAGAAGAGGCCACCUUAUUUGGGAUAACGUGUGUAAAGAUUUCCUGUUAAACUUACACUUUUCAACUACAAAUGUGCCUCACAGAUGAAGAGAUCUUCACUCCAGAGCCACCAUAUACAGUGAGGUGACCAUGUGCAGUCCUAUAACACCCCCAAGUUUAUACCACCCGUCAGUGCAUGCAGGUUCUGUAGGUCUUUUCAAAGAAAGGUAAUGACAAUACGGUAAGAAUUGUAAUAUUUAAUAAACUUCAGUAAAAAAAAAAAAAGCAAGAAAAGAAAAAUAUAAUAAGUGUGCUUGAUUGGGUUGAUCAUCCCUCAUCUUGUCAUGACUGAAUAGGUCAGCAUUCUGUAUUCAUGACUCUUAAAUGCCUUUAAUCACAUAUACUGAGUCUUAUUAUAUUAAGUGCAGUUACAGCAGCACGCUAAUGUUAAUGCUGGAAUGUUUAAUGAAUUUCAGAAAGCAAAAACGUGUCUUGUAGACCUUAAAAUGAUAGACUGUCAAUUCUAUAACAAUUCAAGUAAUAGAUUUGCAAAACUGGCAAGGAGUCAUUUUGGUGCUGACAUUUUGGCUCUUACUGGUGAGCUGAGCCAAGUGACUCACUAAAUAAGAGCUGGAAUUCCCAUCACUAAUGUGUACAUCAGGUAAAAAUUCUCUUCACUGGACAACACUGUGUUUAUUAAUGGCAUAAAUAAUUCCUGAUAAUUCCUGCUUUUGUGUUAUUGUGUUAUCACCGUCCAAUUUAAUAGGAACACCUGUAAACCUGAUCAUUCAUGCAGUUAUCAGCCAAUCAUGUAGCAGCAGCACAAUGUGUAAAAUUAUGCAUUUACAGGUCAAGAGCUUAAGUUAAUGUUCACAUCAGAAUGAAGAAAAAGUGUGAUCUCUGUGACUUUAACCGUGGCAUGGAUGUUGGUGCCAGAUGGGCUGGUUUGAGUAUUUCAGAAACUGCUGAUCUCCUGGGAAUUUCACACACAACAGUCUCUAGAGUUUACACAGAAUGGUGUGAAAAACAAAAUACAAUUAGUGAGCGGCAGUUCUGUGGGUGGAAACACCUUGUUGAUGAGACGGGUCAGAGGAAAAGGGCCAGAUUGGUUCGAGCUGCCAGGAAGUCUAUAGUAACUCUCAUGAUCACUCUUUACAACUUUGGUGAGCAGAAAAGCAUCUCAGUAUGCACAAAACAUUGAACCUUGAGGUGGAUGCACUUCAACAGCAGAAGGCCACAUCAUUUCCACUCCUUUCAUUCAAGAACCAGAAUCUGAGGCUAUCAUGGGCACUGACUCACCCAAACUGGACAGCUGAA